CGUAGCGCCAGUUAACGCUGUAUGAGACACGCUGACAGAAAACAGUUUCACGAGGAACAUUUCCUCAAGAGCCUUUCUGACAUCUCAGAUUUUGAUUUGCCGUCUUUCUGCCUCCAGCAUCAUGGAUUUCCACCUUUUCCCACCAAAAUACUCAAGCAGUACACAUGUAUAUUGGAUACGGACACCUACAUAACCCAGCCUGCUGGAAGAACAUGACUUAAAAGCUCAUUUUCUUUACUAAAGUACACAAUUUUUUGUAGUUUCUUUUUUUUGGCUCAGUGAGGAACAGGGCCAUGUCUCCUCUGUUGUUUUUCAUUGUUCUUCAUGGCGUAUUGGCAUUUGUCUUUGCUGGAUCGAGCAGUCUGGAUAUUAUUGCCCGAAAAACCAUUCAGUAUGAAGAUAACCAUGCAAUCUUAUUCAAAGAGCAAGGCAUCUGGAAUUACUCCACCAUGCUGAUCAGGGGGGAUCUGGGUUUGCUGGUUUUGGGGGCAAGAGAAGCCGUUUUUGCCCUUGACAUCAAUGACAUCUCCAUCUCCAGAUCCAAGGUGCUUUGGAAAGUUACUGAGGAGAAACAAAAGGAGUGCACCUCUAAAGGAAAACAUCCUGACAUCGACUGUCAUAACUAUGUACGGAUGCUGCAUCAGAUGAAUGACAGCGUGAUGUACAUUUGUGGAACAAACGCCUUUAGCCCCACCUGUGAUUAUAUAACGUACGAUAAUGGACAGCUGAAACUGGAGGGAAGGCAGGAGGACGGGAGGGGGAAAUGCCCUUUUGAUCCCCUCCAGAGGUUUUCUUCCAUCAUGGUUGAUCAAGACCUGUAUUCUGCCACCUCCUUAAACUUUCUGGGUUCAGAGCCGGUCAUUCUUCGUACUUCUCCUAUUACAUUGCGGACAGCGUUUAAGAGCUCUUGGCUCAAUGAGCCAAACUUCGUCUACAUGGAUGAAGUGCCGGAAAGUGAGGACAGUCCUGAAGGUGAUGAUGACAAAGUUUACAUGUUCUUCAGUGAAAACGCCAUCGAGUACGACUUUUACAACAAGCUUGUGGUGUCGCGUGUGGCCAGAGUCUGCAAGGGUGAUAUGGGUGGUCUGCGGACCCUCCAGCGGAAAUGGACCUCGUUCUUGAAGGCUCGUCUGGACUGCUCUGUCCCUGAGCCCAGCCUGCCCUACGUCAUACAGGACGUCUUCCAUGUCCGCCACCAAAAAUGGAGGAAAAGUGUCUUUUAUGCUGUAUUCACCUCUCAGUCAAGCUCUACUGAUCAGUCGUCAGCUGUAUGUGCGUAUAAUGUGACUGAUAUCAGCAACGUGUUUUCACGUGGCAAAUUUAAGACCGAGGUGGCGGUGGAAAUGUCUGAUGUGAAGUGGGUGACAUACAGUGGAGACCUUCCUGUUCCUCGGCCAGGAGCUUGUAUCAACAACGCAGCGAGGACUUCAGGAAUAAAAAGUUCACUGAAUCUCCCAGAUAAAACCCUCCAGUUCAUCCGAGAUCAUCCUCUAAUGGAUGACGCCGUUCAUCCAAUAACAGGAAAACCACUGUUGCUCAAAAGAGGGCCACUGUUGACGCGUCUCGUUGUAGACGUGGUAACUGCAGCAGACGGACAGUCCUAUCCCGUGAUGUUUGUGGGCACAGCAAACGGUUAUGUGCAGAAAGCAGUGAAUUAUGAUGGAGAAAUGCACAUCAUUGAAGAGGUCAAACUGUUUGAGAGUGCAGAGGCUAUUGAUGUCCUCCGACUUCAUCAGAAUCAGUUGUAUGCAGGCUCUGCAUCCGGGGUCGUCCAGAUGCCCGUCAGUAACUGCAGUCGUUAUUCUUCCUGUUUGGACUGUGUGCUGGCCAGAGACCCAUACUGUGCCUGGGACGUCUCAGCUCAACGCUGCUCUAGAUUACCCGCAUCAACUGAUCAUUUGAAAGAUAACCUGAUACAAAGUCUAAGAGAUGGAGAUGCCUCUCAAUGCCCAAUAACAGCUCCCAUUGAACCAAAGAUCCGUACACUGGUACUGGGAAACAACAUCAGGCUGCUGUGCCGACCAGACUCCAACCUGGCCCAAGUGAACUGGAAUUUAGCUGGAAAGCCACUGCCUUACUCAAACAGGAAGUAUACCAUUUAUAAUGACGCAAUCCUUAUCUCUAACGCCUCCUCUGCUGACGCUGGACGUUACACAUGCGUGUCAGUGGAGCAGGCGAAAGGGAAACACUACACCAAAACACUGGCAGUUUAUGACUUGCGUGAAGAAGUAGCAGUCGUUGUGACAGAUAAGAUUAAGACCACGUUGGGAGAACCUAAUGAAAUCUACACGACAUCAUCAGGUUUGAUCAAACCUGAUGAACCGCCAUCGUUUUCUAAAAAUCAGAGCAGUGAGUCUAAAUGGAUAGCGAUGCAAGUGGCGCUGGCGGUGCUGUCCGUUAUGAUGGCGUGCCUGCUGAUCUGGAACUUGUACAUGGGCCACAUCUCUCCAUUUAUGUGUUGUGGGAGGCAAUCAAUCAAACCCCAUGGGAAUCUUCCAAAAAUGCAAUACGUGCCUGCGGGAAAUGAUGUCAUGGACGGUAAACAUCAAAUGGUCAGCUUGUGUGUCACAACGAACAGUAAUCUAGAAGCAACUGGCUUCCACAGGAAUGGGGAUCCCUCAACGGGCAUUCAUAUGUUUAAGUACAUUACUGAUGAGUCUGAGAUUUGAUGUUCUUUUAUUAAAUCAUUUUGUAUAAUUUUUAUAUUUAUUUAUUUUUUUAUUAAUACUAAUAAAAAGUAAAAAUGUAAAA